GUCAAAGGAGCGAAGAGAAUGUAGCAUGGCGACGACAGAGGCGUGCAGAGCCCGUUGAAACCAGAAAACAGCACUCCGAUUCAUAGCUUUCGCUGUUUCGGUGCACGAUGGCUGCCAGUGCCGCCGCCCAGGUGAGAGAAGAGGGAGCUGGAGGCCAAGCAAAUCCCUACAUCAUGACGUGAACUAUUUGUGCUGUCUGUGUGGUUUGUCGUCCGGCCUGGUGCAGAUGAGCGCAGUGAUUCAGGCGCAGCUGCUGCCUCAGGUACAAGGCUAUCGGCUGAAGCAGGCUCAGGUAGCCAGCUAACCAACACACAUACCAACUCGUCCAUUCCAUGCGGUGCAUCCAAAGCUCAUCGGCUGCUUGUGUGUGUGGUGUGCAGGUCAACAGCUGCAUUGAUCAACUCCUGCAGAUGGACACCGCAGCUUCGAUGGCACCACUGGUGCGGCAGGCUGCCAAACAGCACACUGACAACCGGAGCACAAAGGCCUCUGUGUCAUGUUGCUCUCGUCUUGGUGAGUUAUUCGUCAGAUGGUGGAUAAGGUGAGUCGUCAAUUUGCUGCUGCGUCCGAGCUGCUGGCCGAGUUGACAGACACCAUCAACUCGACCAUCGCACUGACAAGACAUCGCCGCACACAGGUGAGUGGGGGAGUGACCACAGGCAGGCACAAGCACAAGACCCACACUGAUGUAGUGCGCACGUCGCAUGUGCUGUGUGUGUGCAUGUCUUUCUGUUUGCAAUCAGGCGCGACGGUGGCACCUGACUGACAUCCCUGCCAACCCCAUGAGCAUCAUCCUGGCACUGUCUGACCUCAUCACGAUCGCCCACCUCAAGUCGGCAGCCCGACCCAUCAGAAAUGCCCUCCGACCGAUCGUCCGCCGCCUUCGGCUGCCGAAGGCCAUCAAGCGGGUGGGGGUGAGCGGUGUGGUGUAGUUCGACGAUCAGCUGAGCCACAGCGAUGUGGUGAAGGCCAUGUGGGUGGUUGAGGAGGGGGGCGAGGGCGGCUGGGGGGAGGUGGGCGGCACGCUCAGACUCGCUGAGCAUUGCGGCUCUUGUCAGCUGCCGGUCACAGUGGGUGCUUCUGACCUGCAGACACACGCCACCAAAGGCGGUAAGCACGACACACAGAAGAGGCAAUGGGUGAGCUGCUGGAUGGGUGUUUGGGUGCAGGAUUUCUUGGCGCUGUUCCGUGUGUUUGCGCAGUGGAUGCUCGUCGGCCGCUAUGUGGCCUUCCGCCGCCCCACCGGCCAGCAGGACGGCACACUAGAGCUGUUCCGCCACACCAAUGAGAUCCGCGUCAUCCGCAGCGAGCCCACCUUCACCAUCGCCAUCAACCCGCCCCUCCCCCUCCCCACCGGCCGCCCCGUCCAUCCCUUCUCACAGCACCCCUUCACCCACCACGCCAAGCCACACGACCCGCCAGUCCGCAGCCGCAUUGUGUGGCAUGCUGGUGUGGGCUGGGGGACGGUCGGUGCCAACGACGGGCCUCUUUACGCAUCAGCGAGCUCCAUGCUGAAGGGGCUGCUGCUGAGUCACCGGCUGCUGGCUGUGGGCGGCUUCACCGACUCGCCAGCAGUGGUGGUGGACCGGUCAGUGGAAGGAAGGCGCGCAGUGAGAGGGCGAAUGGCUAUGUGGUGCGUCAUUGAUGUGUGUGUCAGGCGUGUGCGUGGUGGCCACCUCGACCGCAUCAUGACCCAAUCGCUGCACAGGCCCCUCGACGAGUGCUCACUCGUACUGGCGUUCGAAUGGGCCAAUGGGGUGUGUGGGCACUCGCACGUGCUGACGUCAUCCAACGACCCAUUCAUCGCAUGGAUUCUCUUUCGUAUCCAGCCGGGCGACCACCGAAACGGUACGCAUACACAUUGACAACACAUCCAUGCUGUCGUGUCGUUUGAUCAUCCGCUCUGCUGUUGUCUUUGUGCAGUGCGCGUCAUCAUCAGUACCAGCGAGGCUGCAGCAACAGGUGUUGCCCAUGACGCCCCCUUCGCCCAGCGGUUCCCCCUGACGGCCGCCAGGGUGCGUCCGGCCCUCGACCCCAUCGCGGCCAUCGUGCUCGACGGCCAGGCGCCUUAGGUACAGGGUGGGAACCACCCAGAUGAUGCACACCGUACCUGGUGAUACGGAUUGUGUGGGUAUUGGGGUGUGUUCUGCAGGCUGACUGGCGUCAAGGAACGCCACAGAAGUAGCUGACUGACUGACUGACUG